AUGCCAGCCCACCCUGCCGAAGAGACUCACUCUGAGCCGCGAGGCAGCUUGACAGACCAGGUUGCAAAAGAGUCAAGCGAUUCCAAUGCCUCUGACCACCCAAUUCAUGACAAGGCUCAGGCUCAUCACCAUCAGAGCAAGGGUCCUCAGAUCUCCGACAGCAUCCCAUCCGCAACCGGCACCAAGGACGAAUUGAAAGCUAAAGCUGCGGAGCUCAACAAAUGA